CAGUGUUGGACAACGACAAUACCUUAAAUACAAGACUCUUGCAGCACUUAAAUUCCACUUGUUACUUAAUGAAAUAUAAUUUAAUUAAUUGAAAUGCUAGCCACACGCGUGUUCCGACUGGUCCGCGACAAGCGUCUGAGUGUCCCCAUUCUUCGCUGCUUUCAUCACGAGUUCUCCAAACCGGAAUCAUCCGCGACGCAGGCAAAAGAGGAGGGAAAUUCCGGUCAAAGUUUAGUUGGAGGCGUUCAGAACAAAUACAAAAUAUUCCGGGAUGAGAACUCCCCCGAGAUUUUCGAUGUGGAGGAGGCCCGGCAACUGGAACAGCAGCUUACGGAAGAGCCAGAAAUAGAGGAGGAUAAAUACUAUGGCUUGAAUAUAAAGAGAGGCGUCCAUGGUGUCUUUGAUGUCGAGGACUUGGUGGAACUCCUGCGCAAGGAGAACGUGGAUGAUAUAUUUGUGUGCUCGGUUCCCGAGGACCUAAAGUACGUGGACCACAUGGUAAUCUGCAGUGGGCGAAGCUACCGCCACAUGCUAAGCACCGCAGAGUUUGUACGCCGCAUGUUUAAAAUCAAGCGCGUUAAGGGAGACAUCCUGCCCCGCAUAGAAGGUGGAAAGAGUCGGGAUUGGAUGGCCAUGGACUUGGGCAACAUUGCCUUGCACAUAUUUUCUCCGCAAGCCCGCGAAGAAUAUGAUCUGGAGUCACUGUGGGCUAUCGGUUCCCAGUUUGACAGGGAGAGUCAGAAGCCGCACAAUCCCUACGGCGACAUCUUCAUGGCCCAAACACCAUCCUUAGUGGAGCCCCUCAAUAAGGAGACAUGAAAUUGUUUGGCUUUACUAGUUUAAUAUAUACAAUCAAUCACCAGA